UCAUUUAUUGGACAACAUCAUAUCUUGUAAACAUCCACGUGUGUCAAAAAAAAGAGAAAAAUAAAAAGAGAAAUAAAAGAUCAAUGACAUGUUGGUGUAAAAUCAUUGGCUUCUAUCACUUUGUUAUUACAUUAUCAUCAAACAAUAAUUAAAUAUUAAUCAAUAAUAACAACAACAACAAUGGCUCCUCCAACAAAAAGUACCAAAGUUGGAACGAAAGGUUCCAAACAAAUUGUCGAGGAAAAUGUAUCAACAUUAAGUUUUUAUCGUAAUAUGGUAUUUGCUGCUGUUGGAAUUUAUUUAACUGUAAUGAUGGUGUUUUUUGAAUUUACAACGUUAACAAUUACAUUGACAAUCAUCACUGCCAUAGUAUACGUAGCAUGUUAUCAAUUUAUGGUUUAUAUGGCCAAGACUCAGUACUCUGAAACAGGUCAGCUUUCUAACUCUGGUGUUGAUCUCAACAUGGAGGGUGGAAUUGCUGAACACAUCAAAGACUUAAUUAUUUUAACGUCAGCAAGUCAAGUUUUAUCAUUAACAUCAAAUUAUUUUUGGCUCUUGUUACUCUUGGCACCAGUACAAGCACUUUGGAUGCUUUGGAGUAAAGCAAUUAAACCUUGGUUAUCCUCAGGAAGUGAGGAACAACAACCAGAAAUGACUGAAAAAAAACAUCGAAAACUCGAGCGUAAACUUGCUCGUCAUGUAUAUUUGCGGAAUAGACAAUUUGAUUGAUAAAAAAAAAAAAACUAUUUUCUCUCUUAAACUGCGUAAUUU